AGAGAAUUUUCUUAUAUCACAUGUAGUGUAAAUCCUUAAUUGCCCUCACAUUCAUACAAUUACCUUACCGUACCUUUAUUAAUAAACUGUCUUUUUGUCGCAUAAACAAAAGAAGCAAAAAAAGAAAGAAACGAACAAAGAAGUGAUUCUUACUGUGUAGGAUUUUAUCAUAAACUUAUUUUGAAAUUACUAUUUUAUAGUUGCAUGUUGUAGUUUGUGGGCAGAAACAUUUUUAUUUAUGGAAGAUUUUUAAAGCAGUUUUCCUUAUGGUAGAUUAAUGAGAAUGUUCACAAGUUACAAAGGAAGGAAGACACCAGUCUCUCUGUCACCACCCUAGGGGUUUGUUUUGUUGAUUUUCUUUUUAAAUUUAUUUCACAACCUUUUCAUAAUGUUAUGCAUAUAUUUGUUCAUUUUCUCUGUACAAGCAAACUUUUGUGUAUGUGGUGUAAAAAACUAAAGGUAAAGUAUUUAUUUAUACACUGUAACAAUAUAACAGCAAUGCUGAUGUGGUCAUGUCUAAAAAAUAACAUUACUAUUAAGAGACUAUCUAAAAGGUAUUUACAAACAAGAGAAUUAUUUAUUACAGAAAUAAUAAUUUGUAUCUGAUGAACAAAAUUAUUACUGUAAAUAAUUUAUAUCUUAUACACAUUUACUUGUAAAAGUUCUUCUUAUAAUUUAGGAGUAGAAUUGUGAUAAGUCAAUUAUUGACUUACUCCCAAUUGCUUGUUGAGGCAAAUGAUAUCAGGAGUAUCAGCUUGUUGGUAUUACAGGGGACAUGGGUCUUAGGACAGCAUUGGGUUCUUGUUUAUGGUACUCCCAACAAUUUGUUUGGAAAUUGGAAAAUAUUUUGGCAGUAUCUAACUAGUUAUGAGAUAGUUAUAUUGGGCCAGGUUUUAACAUUGAAAGUUUUUUUAGUGCACUCCAGGCGAUUGGUUAGUUGUAAGCAGCGCAAAUAAAAAGGAAACAACAAAAAGAACGAAAGAAAACUAGGGAAGGGGUUUUGAGUAACAUUCACACUCCUACCCUAUUUUUUCUGUUACUGUUUUUUUUUUUUUGCGCUUCUACCUGGAAAUGCUCAAGGUUAAUAUUGUUAGUCUCCACUUAAUAAAAAGGUCAAAUGUUAUCGUUAUUUGAUGUCUGGUGUGAAAGUGUGUCGUUAAUAUUCCUUGCUGAACCAUCAAAUUCUGAUAUAACAGCUUGCUAGAAACCUAAAUCUGAAAGAUAGGAAACACCCACCUAAUCUAUGCCCUAAUCAACCCCACCCUACCCCAUUUCCUGCUUGCUGACUAUAGAGUUUAUAGAAAGGGGGUCCAACAUAGGCUUUUCCAACCCCACUUCUGCUACUAUUUUUUGGCUCAAUCCCGCCAUCCUGCCCCACUCGGAAUGUUUAUCUUGAUCUCGCCUGGUUAGAGUUGCAGUUCUCCAUGUCUGCCUACAAACCAAGUGGCCCAUCAGGCCAGUGCUUAUCUCCUGUUUCUGUAGCAUGAGGUGACUAGGAAUAUUUCUACUUCCCCCUGGAUGGGAUACUAGUCCAUCACAGGUUUACCCCCAGCGUUAAAUUCUUUGGUACCCAUUUAUACACCCGUGUUGCCUAAGAACACAACACAAUGUCCCUGGCCAGCGCUCGUACCCGGGCCGCUUGAUCCGAAAUUUGAAAUCUUUUUGAAAGGUAUAAAGAGCAUCCAAUAAAACCUCACCCUUUUGGUGAGAUUACACGUUCCCCCAAUUUCAAAAAUAACCUCAGCAAAAACGCCUGCUUUGUGAAAAAAAGUAAGAAUUUGCCGUAAAUAUCUGUGAUCUUUCAAAAUUUCUUCAAAAUUUUUGGCGCUUCCUUAACGCGAGAAGGUGGCAGGAGUCUGGGCUCCAUAAUGUUACGCGGGCUCGGGUUCAAAAUGGCGCGAAAUGAUUCGCGAAGCGUUCGUUGUCCGAAUUCGCAGUGAAAACGACACUUUGAUCAGGUUAUUGAAGGCAAAUCUGUCAUUACUGGAAAAAGUUUUGUUGAUUUUCACGAAAUUAUUGUUUUUCGGGAUCACUGGCGUGUUCGAUGUUGGGAAAACUAAACUCUAUGCAAGGAAAACGCUUGUAGCCACGCAAUUCAAGCGACAAAAAUCCGAUGUCAACAAUGGUUGGCGAAGAAACAGAGCUUGUAGUAACGGGUGAUGAUGCAGGCAGAGGUCAUAAAGAAAUUAAGAAGACUGGACUUAUCAAUGCAUUUUUUCAUCCAGUUAAAACAAAGCAAGAUACAGAAAAGAGGUUGGGAAAUGAAAUAUCAUAGAAUACCUAUAAAGAAUCAGGUCAAGCUACUGAAAGCAACAUAUGUGUCAAUAAAUCAAAGAUUGCAAUAGUUCAAGAGUCUGAAGCUUUGUGCUCAAUCAGUAGUGGCCAUGGUCAAACUUCAAAAAAGAAAAUGCUUAAUCUGUCAGGAAAAGCUACAUUGCAUGAUGCAUCAUCCCAAGAAGAUCUGGUAAACCUGAGACGACCAAAACCCAAGUGGUCUGUUACUUGUGCUGUGCAUAACUCCUCAAAGACUUUGAAUAGUUCAGGCUCUGAUUUUGAAGAUGACGGUAAAAGUCCAUUUGAUAUAAAAACGAUACAAGUGCAAAAGUCUGCUAAAAAGAAGGCAAAAAUUAGAUCAAGAAACAAUGUUAGAAAUGCUCAAGAAAAUGAAGGAAAUGUUUCAGAAUUGAGCAGUAACAGGGACAAAGAAAGUGAAGCUGUUCACAUAGAGAAGUCUAACUUAUCCAAACAUGUUAUUGAGAAACACGUGGAACAACACACAGAGAAAGUUAAGUCAGACAAUGAAUCAAAAGCUUUAGAGAAAUGUGAAAAACCUAACCAAAUGAAAACUAGUGCCUUUGAUGUUUUAAUGAAAAGUCAAAGGGUUCAAAAACUGGAAGAUCAAAGGACAGAGAGUUUGUUGGUAGAAGCCUCUGAUACAGCUAUAAUAGCAUCUGACAGCAAGUCAGAAAUAUCGGGUUCUUGUGAGAUUGUUGAUAACAAGGGAGCACUUCAGUCCAAGUUGCCAGCAUCAUCAGGAGAUUCUUCAUCCGAGACAAAUGCAUUUGACUUCUUGAUGAGAAAAGGAAGGUUAAGGAAGAGUCCAAGCAGCAUGGAUUCACAGUUAGAGUCUGAUUUGGAGUCUAAAGUGUUGGAAAAUCAAGACUGCUCCUCAAAACAAAAAUCCAAGAAAAAGUCUUUUGAAUUUAAACUGAGUAUCCGUGCAAGCAAGAGGAAAGACACUGAAUUUUCAUUAGAAUCUGAUUAUGCUAGCAGUGAUGUAGUAAAUUGUGAGGAGCAAUCAAAGAGUAAGAGUACUAGGAAAACAAGAAAACUUAAGAGUGCUGGGAGUGAGUUGGUUAAAUGUGGAAGUGAUGAAUCUUUUGUUAGUGAAAAAUGCGAAGAAGUAGUUGAAGUGUCUAAAUCUAAAAGAGGAAGAAAAAAGACUAAAGUUAAAAGUAAAGUCAACAAUGAGGAAGACCAAACUGAUGUUUCUCUUGUAGAGGUGACUGUGACUAAAGGAAGUAAUAAAAGUGCCAAGAGAGGAAGAAAAUCUGGAAGAAAAAGUUCUUCAGUCACAGAGAAAGUAACUGGGAGUGUAGUUGCUAAUGAGGGUGCUGAUGUUGACGAGAUUGAUUUUCAGCCCUUGGAAAAAGCACAAAUUAGAGGAAAAAGAAGGAAAGAGCAAAGGAAAGAUUGUGAAAAUACUUCCACAGAAAUCAAGGAUAAAAAGGUUCAAAAACCAAAGAAGAAAAUGAAAAGUGAUGUAACUUCCCUACCACUAGAGUCACUUUCUGCAGAGUGUCAGCAAACUUCAGUAUGUGACUUCAGCAAUACUGAAGAUGCAGACAGGAUUAACAGGAAAGGAGAUGAAAAGAAACAGAAAGGUCUACCAAGUGAGUCACUGUCAAGCACUGAUAGCCAGAACACAGCUAGCAGUGAAAAGAACACAGACGACAGCAGAAGAGAGAUGGGAACAGGGGACUUACAUCACAAGGAGACCAGCCUUUGUACUGAGCCUAAGGCAUUAGCCUCCAUAUUUCUCAAGAGGAAACCUGUACCUCCUAAACCUGAAGCUGAAGAACAACUUCCUACAAUGCCUGGAGAUUCAGUUCUGUCUUCUACAGUAUCCUCAGUAGUAACCUUAGAUAAUGCAACAAACAUAUGUGGUACCAGUGAUUUGGAUUCUUCUCCACGCAAAGCGAAAUCAGCUGCUGAGCAGGAAGCUGCAAACAGAGCUUUCAAGGCAUUAUUUACUGGGGCAUUUUCUCAGAAGAUGCUGCCAACAGCUACUGCGGCAGAAGCUCUUCCAGCACCAUGGCCACUAGUUAGUCACGUGAUUCAAAGAGAUGAGGAUGUUUCUUGUGGGGUCAAUUUCUGGAGUCUUCCUUGGCCUGUUGGGAAGUAUAACAAAUCUGAUGAUUUCUCUCACAAUUUGUCAUUAGAUGGUUCACUUGUAGAUUUCUCUGCAAGCACCUCAUUGUUGGUAGAGGAUAGGGUGAUGUUUUGUGGAAAAAGGCAGGAGCAGGAGAAGCAGUCUUUGUGUGACCCCUUGAAACUGGAAAGAGGAACUACACAACAGAAUUUCCCUGAGGCAGUCACUAAAAGAGUUCUUUUAGAGCUGGCACUGUUCUACCCUGGUGUACCACUGAGGAAACUUUACAAACGAUAUGCCUCAAAGCUGGAAAAGCACAAAAAAUCCUGUGCUGCAGUUGAAAGCAAGCAGGUUGCCACCGAGAACACUGCACCAGUGAAUGACAGAAAGAGCAAUCCAAAACCAUUUGAUGACAGUGAAGAAAAGCAUGAUCUUGUAAACAGAAAGAAAGGGAAAGUAAAGAGGAGAUUGUCAAGUGAUGGGGGUGUCUUCCAAGAGAAGAAGGUUGCAAGAAAAAGUGAGCAGUCCCCCAUGUCAUUGCCAUGUGAAAGUCAAGGUCUGCUAAUGGAUCGAUCUGUGAACAAAUCAUGCAAGAAGAGGGGAAGAGAAGAAGAGAAUGACCAAGGUCAGGAAAAGGGCACAAAGGGAAGAAGAUUGUCCACAAGACUCCAGAAAAAGAAGACAUGUUUAGAAUCUGAAAGUGUGGAUAAUUUGGAGCAGGUAGAGCCAACCUCAAGCAGGAAGAAAAGAAGAAGAACAAGUGAUCACCAGAAAGAAACAAAAGAAACAUCUGAGCCAUCCAUAGAACAAGGCAAUCCCUUUGAAUCAGAUGUACUGGUUGCCUCCGACAAGGAGAAGAACAGUGUAGAGGGGUUUGUCAAUGAUACACUGUGGACUGAUUUGUUUCAUCCACUCCACUCCACUGAGGUCAUGGCUAAUGCAUCAGCUGUAAGUAAACUGAGAUCCUGGCUGGAAGAAUGGAAGGUAAAAAGAGAGAAAACUCUGAGGAAGGAGCUGCAGCAACAGAAAAGGCUUUUGGCUAAGCAGAAAGGGAAGUCAACAACUAGCAACCAAGCCUCAACUCACACACUGGAGUGGUGGGACAAUGACAGUGACUCCGACUUCCAGAUGAGCGACAAUGCAUCAGAAGACAGUGACACUGAAGGGGUCAGACUCAGUACUGCCAUGUUUAUUUCUGGCCCCACAGGAGUAGGGAAGACAGCCAUGGUUUAUGCAUGUGCAGAGGAACUUGGCUACAAGGUGUUUGAGGUGAAUAGUUCAUCCAAGCGUUCGGGCAAACACAUUUUGUCACAGCUGGAAGAAGCCACCCAGUCACACCUUGUGAUCAAUAACAAGGGUCCUACCCCUCAAGCGUCGUUUGCAGGACUCUUCAACAAACCUGUGAACAAUUCAUCCCCAGCAUCUGGACCCCUGGGUGCAUUUUUGAGCACAAAUGCAAAUACGUCUGACACAGAGCCCAAGAAAGGCGAGAAAGGAAAGAAAAAGCAAAAGGUGAAAGAGAAGAAAAAAGAUGAAUCCAAGGGAAAAGGCAGAUCUAUUCUAAAGCAGCCACCUGAAGCUGUUAAUGACGAUACUGAGUCAUGUUCAAGUUUGUCUUCUAAGGCAGCAUCACUGAUUUUGUUUGAAGAGGUUUGUACUCUUGUUUUAAAUCAAUCCAACAACACUUGUGAUUUCAGGGAACACAUUGCUCUCCAUAGACCCUAUUCAUUCUGGUGUGCUUCAGGUGGGGGUGUCAAGAUACCAUACGAGCGGCCAGCAAGUUUACCAGACAAAGGAGAUGUUGCUGACAAGCAUCCGAAGCCUCAAGAUGUUUCUGCUAUCUGUAAUAGUAACAGAGACCACGGGAAGACAGACAUCACUUCUUCCCAAGAUGCUCUGCAAAUUGAACCACCUGUAGCUAGCGGUAUUCUAAAUGACGACGGAGAAGAAAGCAUGUUUCUUUCAUUGAGUGAUUGGCAGGUAAUCAAGAACAGAGGGACAAGACGCAGUUCACGCACCACACAGAGAGGAAGCCUCCGACAAACCGAAGAUGAUAAUAAUUCUGAUUCCGAUUUUUGUGAUCCUAAAAAGAAGACACUUGUAUGCACGGAUGGCACAACUGACUCCGUCUUUGAAAUCACCGACACCAAUGACAGUCAACCAGUUAGCAGUGUUGAUAAGAAAGCCGAAGAGUUACCUCAGCUACCACUGAUGGAUUCACUGCUGUUUGAGAGCUCCCAUGGAUUGCUGAAUUGUGUGGCUGAUCCAACCGUGUACGCACUGUCAGUUCUACAAAACAAAAAGAAACCUGGAGAUGUAGUUGAGGGCAACUGGUAUAAUUUUGUUUGUUCUAUUAUGUCUGCAGAAUCACAGGUGAGCUGUGAGGGAAGAUAUGAACAAAUUAACCUCAAGCCUCCUUCAAUAAAUCUCCUUGCUGCCCAUCUACAGCUUGUGGCCUUAACAAACAACAUGUUUGUCAGUCCUGAAGAUCUCAAGUCCUUGGUGGCACAAAACAACUGCGACAUCCGCAAGUCUUUUCUCGCCUUGCAGUUCUGGUGUGCUUCAGGUGGGGGUGUCAAGAUACCAUACGAGCGGCCAGCAAGUUUACCAGACAAAGGAGAUGUUGCUGACAAGCAUCCGAAGCCUCAAGAUGUUUCUGCUAUCUGUAAUAGUAACAGAGACCACGGGAAGACAGACAUCACUUCUUCCCAAGAUGCUCUGCAAAUUGAACCACCUGUAGCUAGCGGUAUUCUAAAUGACGACGGAGAAGAAAGCAUGUUUCUUUCAUUGAGUGAUUGGCAGGUAAUCAAGAACAGAGGGACAAGACGCAGUUCACGCACCACACAGAGAGGAAGCCUCCGACAAACCGAAGAUGAUAAUAAUUCUGAUUCCGAUUUUUGUGAUCCUAAAAAGAAGACACUUGUAUGCACGGAUGGCACAACUGACUCCGUCUUUGAAAUCACCGACACCAAUGACAGUCAACCAGUUAGCAGUGUUGAUAAGAAAGCCGAAGAGUUACCUCAGCUACCACUGAUGGAUUCACUGCUGUUUGAGAGCUCCCAUGGAUUGCUGAAUUGUGUGGCUGAUCCAACCGUGUACGCACUGUCAGUUCUACAAAACAAAAAGAAACCUGGAGAUGUAGUUGAGGACUGUGUCCAGUCUUCCAAGCUUCACUUGACACACUUUACCCAAGGGUUGGAUGUAAAUUUGGUCCAGGCAAACUUAAGCGACCUUAUCCCACUAUUUGCUGGCUCUUCAACCUCAUCAGCGCAAACCAAACAUGAUCCACCUCAAGUCGAGGGAAGUGAUGGAGCACUGCCUGUUACAGAGCAUGUAGCAUUUAAGAGCGAUAGUAUAUUCUCUGAUAAAAAUCUCUUUGAUGACGGCGUGGAGGAGUCUGGUAACAAUGUUGAGUACGACAGCGUCAUGGAAACCAAUCAGAUGACAAAAAAAGAAUCGGAAGACACCAAGCCUAGUUCCCAGGACUCCACAGACACGGGCUUCAGUGAGUCACAGCCGAAAGAAGAGAUUGGUAAAAGUGGAAGAGGUCGAGGUGAUGGAGAGGGAACUGAACACAGAGCUGAGAAAGGAAAAAAACGUGUUUGCAAGCAGCCAACUAACGAAGAAAGAUGCUGCACCAAAGCUCUGGACAUAUUUGCGCAGUUUGCAGAAAACAUGUCAUUCUCAGACGCCUUCUGUCCCAGUCUUUCUAUCUCUAACACUCAGUCUGCCUCGGCUGAAUUUGGCUGGUGGGAUGCAGCUCUGAAGCCUGGGCUCACGGACGAGCACUUGACUGUACAGGACUGCAGUGAUUGGCUGGCUCGUGAUACACGUGCGUCCCUACGAGGAGCUUUAGAGUUGACAAAUUUAGAGAGCUGUCGUGUGAAAGUAAAUUCUUUGGUGGAAGAUUUAGAACAAAUUGAAACUUCAACUCAGGAUGAAAAAACCUCCACCGGUCUGGAAAGUGAACAGUAUGAUUUCAAGUUCUUAUCACAGGAUCUUCCUCACCGCGAUUCCAAUGCUGUAGUGCGUUUUGAUGCACUCACUCAGACACAGAAAAGUUCUAUAGCAAGCCGCAGAAAGCUUCACAGUUCUCUGUGUUCGUGUAUCCCUGCUCUAUACCACUGUGAUCACCGCUGUGUCGCGAGUGACUACAUACCUACCUUCCGCCUACUGUGUCACUCGGAAAGGCUUCGUGAAGCUGCCAACAUCAAAAGAAGAUUCCUUCAUUACUUGGACCUCAACUCGUUCCCCUUGAGUCGCUCAUCAAUGGAGGCCUUAGCAGACAGUUACCUGGCUUAGUAACGUUACUGCCUUGACUUAGUGUAGACGAAUGACAAUUUUGUAUCCUUAGCUUAGUGAACUUCUUUGUGAUUUCUUCUUAUAGUGGUCUUGCACAGAAAAACUAUUGACACCAAAUAAACGUGCUUUCCAAUUGGACAAAUCUCCAAAUACAAUAGUCAAAUGAGUAUUGGUAGCUUCGCGAUAUGUUUGGUGUUAAUAUACAGACGUUGUUAUCGUGAAUGUGAUUGCUUCAUCCCACCUUACGCCGUCGGUGUCUGCAAAAAUGUGAGCGCUCUACUGAAAUACCCUUUAAUUUACUCAAAUUUGUAGUGUUAGUUUUAUGUUCAAGCCGAACAAGCAGGAAUUUUAACAACCCUUUUUUAAGGGUGCUCUAUUUUUAAAAGAAAAUGAAGGAAAGAUCUGGGAAGAUUUCUCCACUGAUUGUAUAUCGAACAAAUGUGGCUAUGGGUAGGAGUUAGAACACAGGACUAUCCCAGUGUAGGUCAAGUUGUUCAAGCACAAAUUAAAGUUACUAGACUACCGACUUAUGUUAAUGUAAUUAAGGAUUAGUUUUGUGAUAAGCAAAAUGUGAUAUGCUGACCGGCAAAGAGGUGACUAAAAGUUCGUUAACUGGGAGUGUUGCUGUUUUACACUGCCGUGUUGUAUCUAACCUUUUCAAAUCAAGCAAUAACUUGAACACAGAUCUUAGCACAUUUAAGACGCUUUUUAAUAUGUUGUAAUUUCCUCGUAUAACUGUAUGUUGGAACUUUUACGAGCAAAAGAGAGUAUUUAGUCGGGUGAACCAUAAUCGUUUCUUAUUGAAUGAGCACGACGUUUUUGUCAGGAGGUGCGCCGUUGCCAUAAGCAACGUGACGUAUGAUCGACGCACAAGCGAACGUCAUAACUUGUUCCCAGGCUUUUUGUGAACUGGACACCAAACGUUUUCGGGUGGUUUCGUCAAGGUUUGUUGAAAACCUUAAAAUGGAACUUGGUCAUUCGACGGGGCUGAUAUCAGAUUCAGUAACUCUUUUCAAAUUUGUGUAAAAUAAAUAGAUGCUAAGACGUUUUACUGUAAAUAUUUGAAAGUGUGAAUUAUCUGUAUAAAUCGCUGUUGUAAAGUAUUUAUGAUUUAAACGACCUUGAUCAGAAUUGUUCCUCUUUCGAGGAAAUUAUUCUAAGAAUGUCUAUGACACUAAUGCAGUCUUCUAGUUUUGAUUUCUCUCUGGGGAAGAAAGAUUGGAAGAAGUCGAGGAAGACAUGUUCGUUGAAUGUAUACCGUAAAUCAACGCUAGUUUUCAUAUGACUACUGGAGUUACUUUAGUAAAUGUUGAACAUUUAACAAAUCUUUCUAGGGUCAUAAACCUUGUCGACAUGUGCGCACCAAAUGUCUCUUAGGGUCUUAAACUUAGUCGAAAUAUUCGCACCAAAUCUCCCAGGUUCACUCCUGCUUGUCACCUCGUUGCACCUCCCCCAAUGCGCCCAGUAAUAAUCAACACAUGUCCAGCUUUAGAAUUUCCUCCUGUUCAGGCGAUCUUUAUUUGCCAUAUGGAAACCAGCGUUAGUGAUAUUGAUAAUAGUUAGACUUGAAGAAAUUUGUUUUCUGUGUGUAGUUUAAGUAGUCAUGCAAUAAAGUGAGUGAACUAAUGAUGGAGACGUUUUUUCUCUCUUCAUGUUGUGUGUAUGCGAAGCCCGCUUUAUGGCCGAGAAUGGUUUUGAUCCCUACCGCUUACGUUUUCCCGGGUUGCCACAGGAAGUAAUCAGGGAAAAAAAAUUCUUUAAGGUCAGAGAAAAGUCAGGG